AUGAAGGUCAUCCCGCUGUCGCACGUACUGCACACCUACUACAUGAUACAUGAGAUGUACAGUCGUAUUAUGGCCGACAGCGAGAACAAAACUGAUAUGCAAAAUGGUCCUCAUCAAUCACCUGCAGUGCUGUCGUUCGUAGUCAAGAUAACGAGUUUAAUCCUGGAUACAAAGACAUUCAGUCAUAUGAUAUUCCUCGAUGAUGUCUCCGAUCUGCAAAAAUAUUUGGAACCACAUGUGAGUAAUGAUCUUCAUGUUCUUCCUACAUGA